UUAUUAAAAUUUUGUCUACAACAUCCCUUCUUCUUAUGGGCAUAGUCCAUCAUAUGUCUUAUUGGAUUAACACAUACACUGUGAAGUAUUUUGUGGAACGUCUCCAGCAUAUCUGUAAUGAAUUAAGAGACGAAAACGAAAUCGCUAUAAUAAAGAAAUAUGCAAAUAGCGCAGAAUAUAUCGCGAUUUUCAUUACAUUGUAUACGGCGUGCUGCGGAUUUAUUAUUACUUUUACGCAAAUUUUUCCGCGGAUUCUUAGCACUUUUCUACUCGUAAAUAUAUCUCGACCACUUUACAAUGUGCAAUUUGUAACUGAAUAUUUUAUUGAUAAAGAAAAGAAUUUUUAUUUAAUUUUUAUACACAUAUGCGCAUCAUUGUACAUAGGAACGGUUGCAUUCGCGGGAACAAGUUUAAUAUCAUUUACAUACUUUAAACACAUUUGCGGACUAUUUUGCAUUGCUAGUUACCACAUGGAACAAUCAAUGAUGUUAAAUAUUCACAAAAAAACUAAUCUGUGGAAUAAUAUGGAGAUCGACAAGAAAAUAAUUCAUGCAGUGGAUAUUCAUCGCACAGCUAUUGAGUUGUCUGAAUUCUUUAUAUCUAAUUUCAAUGGAACAUAUUUUUGUGUAAUGUUAAUAAGCGUACUUUGUUUAAGCCUUAAUUUAUACAAACUAUUUCUAACUGUACUAUUUCAAGAUGAAAUAGAGGAAUUUCUGUUACAUUUUAUAUUUGCAACUGCUAUACUUAUACAUUUGUUCUUGGCCAACUCUUGCGGUGAAGAAAUUACAGAGAACUAUAACAACAUAUUUUCAGCUGCAUACAGCGUUCACUGGUAUGCGGCUCCUAUACGGAUACAGAAAUUGAUAUUAUUUCUGUUGCAAAGAAGUUGUAAGACGCACGGUAUCAAACUAGGUGGAAUCUUUAUAGCAUCUCUAGAAGGCUUUGCUGCGUUAUCUGCUACAUCGUUAUCUUACUUUACUGUUCUAUAUUCUCUACAAAAGUGAUAUCACCCAUCUUAUAGUAAAUUGAAAGUAAGUAGGUAAACUUAAAGAUAUAAAUAACAGUAACUGCUCCGUUUUCAAAUAACUUGUUGCGUAAAAUUAUCACUUUACUAUUAAUUCAAUAUUUACAUAACAAUUAAUAGUAUAAUAAAUAAUAACAGUUUACACAAAGUUACAGAAAAUAAUCGAAAUAAUAUUUGACUAAAUAAAAUGCGACAGCGUUAUUGAAUCACACUGUGUGCGUAUGAGAGUGCGCAUGAACUUGUAUAUUACGGUUCUAUAUUUGUAAAAGAGUAUUUUUUUAAUUUACAUUUAUGUAAUAUUUUACAAACUGAGGUAUUUUCGUGGAAUUUACCAAACAUCUAUAAUCGUUAUGAAACUAGCACUCCCGCGGAUAUUAUUAUUUAAUCAAAAGGAUCAUCAUUAGGAUAUGAUAGAGAAUUAUCAUAUCGUAAGAUGAUCUCACGGCAAGAUAAAUGCUGUAUAAAAAACUAAAAUUUCUUACUGCAGUUAUAUAUAACAACAAACCUGAAAAUUCCAGAUAGAUUAUGUGUGCAAUUGUACAAUAUCAACAAGACAACGCUCGUAUGAGAAAACAAUAUGCUAGGAAUGCAUGGAAUAAAAUGAAGGACGUGAAGACUGGUUGGAAAUGUUAAUUGCGCUUGCGCGAACUUUUAUCAAAUUAUGACUAUUUUUCUGUGAGAAAUAAAUAUUCGUUGUGUUUUUA